CAGCUCCCCGGAUGCGGCUGUGAUUGACUAUACCAGGCAAAAAGAGAUCGAAAGACAAGUGGCGGUGCUGCAGCCCCAGUGGUCGUAGGCAGGAUGCAGACCAUAAAGUGUGUGGUGGUCGGUGACGGGGCAGUGGGUAAAACCUGUCUUCUCAUCUCCUAUACCACCAAUGCCUUCCCUGAAGAGUAUAUUCCCACAGUGUUUGACAACUACAGCGCUCAAAUGAGCGUGGAUGGCCGUACUGUCAGCCUCAACUUGUGGGACACAGCAGGCCAAGAGGAGUAUGACCGCCUGCGUACUCUCUCCUAUCCCCAGACCAACGUUUUCAUCAUCUGCUUUUCUAUCGGCAGCCCAUCCUCUCAUGCCAAUGUCAGGCACAAGUGGCAUCCUGAGGUUUCUCACCACUGCCCCAAUGUGCCCAUCCUGCUCGUGGGCACCAAGAAGGACCUGAGGGGUGAUGCAGAAACGGUGAAGAAGCUGAAGGAGCAGGGCCUGGCUCCCACCACCCAGCAGCAGGGCAAUGCCCUGGCCAAGCAGAUUGGGGCUGUUAAAUACAUGGAGUGUUCUGCUCUGCAGCAGGAUGGUGUCAGGGAGGUGUUUGCUGAUGCUGUGAGGGCAGUGUUGUAUCCAGUCACGAAAAAGAACCCCAAGAAGUGUGUGCUGUUGUAAUAAAUGGUUCCCACAUUUGGACUGUGUAGAGAGAUGAUGGAGAUCCACAGAUGCAAAGGAAGGCUGAGGAACGAAGGUCAUCAUCUGGCUGCCUCCAUACCACCUCCAGCAGUUCAGACUUUGUCUUCAGCUCCUCUGUUACUCCUCUCUUCCUUAUUCAUCUCUUGGAGGAUUUCUCUCCGUUGCCAUCAUCACCAAAGUGACUAUGCCAAAAUGGGGGCAACAGACAGUAUCUCCUCUAUUUUUCUUACAUUUUAACUUUUUAUAUUUACACUUUUUCCAAUUUUACAUCUGUUCUAGAUUUAUAGCUUCUCUGCUUUGCCUUAUAAAAUGCUGAUCAUGGUUGUCACAAGCCAUAAUAACAUCCAAACCAACCAACCAAGCUACCCUGUUUGACUGGAGAGAAGAGAUCUGCCUUUGUUCAGGUGGAGAAAUAAUGACUACCUCAUACUCUCACCUAGGUUGCAUCUCAUGAGUCUCAAGCAACGUCACCAUCAAAAUGCUUUGACUUGCCUAUUUAGAUGUAAUAAACAGACAAGUAGAGGGUGAAUAAGUUUUAAUUUCAAGCAGCUUGAUUCCAGACAAGGUGCGAUGACUCCAGGACGGAUGCCAGUACCCCUUAACCAAUAUGCACAGAUUAGAGGUUAAACUCUCGAGCUGCAGUUCCCCUUGUGCUCAGUCUGGCAUGUUAGAGCUGUCUGGCAGGCUGCCCCUCCAGCCUCUCGCACUGCUCUCUCACUGCCAUGCAUGGGAGAGCUAGUAGGACUUUGAAGAUAAACCAAAUCCAUUAAAAGCAGCCGACCAUUUGCCCUCUUCAGUAAUAGAGGAGCAGGUGUCAUGAGGCUUCUGCCAAAUUAACCCACACUGGUACUGGAUUUCUUGGGCUGACAUCAUCAGAAAGUCAGAUUGUAGUACAGCUCCCCUCUGUCUUCAUCUUAACUCUUGAUGCUCACACCGAGUGCCAUUAAAAACAAGCCUAAGAAUUAGUUUUUGACAGGGUGGUGUCAAAGAGACUCUAUUUUGUCUAAUUAUGUUGGAAUUUACUCUGUAAAUGAUUUUUUCCUCAAAUGUUUUUAACCUGAGUGUGGUAAUGGCCAAAGUUGAAUAUAUUUUUUUGUAAUAGCCUAUGUUUAUUUGAUCAGUAAAAUUUGUUUUGUAAUUAAUAAUCAGAUUUGAUGAACCAGAACUCCAUAACAUUUUCAAUUUCAAUUACGUUAUUGCCUUGCAUUUAAGGUUAGCAGACUAUUACCACUGCAUAAUUGAUUCAGUAUAGCAUAUAAUACCAGAAUAUGUUUUAACUGGCUUAUGCUAGGCUAUAUACUUCUUUUCAUAUAUUUUCUUGGUUAGGUGAAUAUCAUUUCAUCUUGGAAGAAGCAGUGUCAUAGCUGCCUUGUAAACCACGUAACAGCAGUUUAUCUACAAUAUGGAAGGAGCAUUUAAUUUGGUCAGGUGCCUUAUCUAAACCAAAGACCAUAGCAGUGCUCCUUUGUCAAACCCAAAGGUGGCCAUUAAAGUGCUGCAAGUGCCACGAGACCUAUACAGGUCCAACCAACUCUGGGUUUCAUUUUUGUAAUUUUUCAGAAGCGUUCUGCCUUAGUUCCCUCCAGUAAACACACUCCUCUUGCAGCACUGUUUGUAAGACACAGGUGCUAAACUGACAUCUUGCGCGGCAAGUCUUUGUGCAUUUGUGAAACGGAGCGCUCGUGGCCCACAGCUCUUAACAGAUUGUGGUUUACAUCCCUGCAUUGCAUGGUGCAGUGAGGGCAAGGCACAAGCACAACUUGCACAUACGGUUCAGCAAGAGCUGCGUUGGUGAAACGUGCCUUGUUGCAUCUGAGGAUUUUUAUACAUUUUAUAAAUUUUUUUUUUUAGUAAUGACUGGUUGCUUGUGUGCUUACAGUUGCCAGUAAUAACAGCAGCCCUUUUACUAUAGUUAUUUUCAUUUACUCACUCGAGUGGGGUGUAUAAUAAGUCAACCUAGAUUGUGGCCUGUGUAAAGUCUAGAAUAACCGAAGCGCAACACGAGUGAGAGGUUUUGUGCAUCAACAGUGAUGCGGUUUGAGAUCUGCUUAAAGAUGUGUGAAAAUUUCCCAGAUUGGUGUGUGGAGGGUUGAAUGUAAGUGCACAAUUUGUCAAACUGUCAACUGUGGUGAGCUUGUUUUUUUGCCAUGUCCUGAUUUCACUCAGAUAAUGCUGUUGAAGUGGAACAUACACCUGUGGGCUCUGUAUGUCUGUGUCCCGGAGCUGUAUGCUACCGUGUGCGUGGUACUACGCUUUUACACUGGGAACUUGAUUUGUAGAAAUCUGUUUGUAAUUGUUUUAUAUAUAACAAAAGCAUAUUUGUAUAAAUGAACUAACAGUGAGAUGAUUUUAAAUUAUGCCAAAUAAAAUGGUGGUUAAAACCAGACACUU